UUGAUAUGCGGUUCCUGACAACCAACUUCAGAAAUAAUUCCAUCUUCAUGAGAAGUCAGAAAGAACCACAAACCAAACCUCAAAAUAGAUUCAAAGAGAAAAUACUCUUAAAAAAAUUUCCCUUCCUAUCAGAAGCAGACCAAAGGGAAGUUUAUCCUCCCACUAACAAAUUCCCCAGAAAGCUUCAUCUAAAAGGUUGUACUUUCUUCAGACACCCAGCAGGACCUUCUUCUCUGGGCCUGGUAUUUCUUCAAUGGCCUGUUCCAGAGAAUAAGACACUAAACUACAGAGCGCCAUGGGCCUCAGAACCACGAAAGAGAUGAUGAGGGGCACAAAACAAGCCUCUGGUCACCAAGAGGAUCAGAUGGCAAAGGAGCCAGUGGAGGACACAGACCCUAGCACGUUAUCCUUUAACCCGUCAGACAAAUAUCCCAUUCAAGAUACGGGACUCCCUAAAGCUGAAGAAUGCGACCCCAUUACUUUGAACUGCCCAACAGAGUCUGACGUACAACAUCAGGGAGAAGAAAACGGCUUUCCAGACAGUACUGGAGAUCCCCUUUCAGAUGUAAGCAAAGGCGAGUCCUGCAAGGAGAACUGUACUUGUCCCUCCUGCUCUCUCCGGGCUCCGACCAUAAGUGACUUACUCAAUGAUCAGGACUUACUUGACGUCAUCAGGAUAAAGCUGGAUCCAUGUCACCCGACAGUAAAAAACUGGAGGAAUUUUGCCAGCAAAUGGGGCAUGCCCUAUGAUGAACUGUGUUUCCUGGAGCAGAGGCCUCAGAGCCCCACCCUGGAGUUCUUGCUGCGGAACAGCCAGAGGCCAGUGGGUCAGUUGAUGGAGCUGUGCAGGCUGUACCACAGGGCCGACGUGGAGAAGGUCCUGCACAGGUGGGUGGAUGAGGAGUGGCCCAAGAGGGGGCGUGGAGACCACCCCAGGAACUUCUAGACCUCUGCUUCUUCGCACUGGCCUCUUUGGACCUGGAGACAACCACAGGUUAAGGAGGAAUGGGGAUCUGUUCUUUUUUUUUUUUUUUUUUUUUAAAGAGUUUAGGAUAAGGACAUGGAACCGUGGACAUGGGUUUUCCCCAAAGCUGG